CCCACUGACGUAGUAUUUGGGGCAUUGUUGAAGCAGGGGAAAGCAUGUAACUGUUAGUGAACAGCUUGUAUAUAUUUUAGACAGCGUUUUGGGGCCUAAGCGCUGUUAAGGCAUAUCUAACAAGGUUAUUUGUCAUAAGGCUUUUCGAACAACUUCAACGUUAUAGGGCGCCUUAGUUAGAUGUAGACACAGUCUCAUAACAAAGAAUUUGGCCAGACUGCGCGCUAGCGAAGCUAACAGUUCCUUAGGAAGUGGCACACAAAGGAAAUGCGGUCGAUUUGAAAAUAUUAACGUAAACUAAAUGGUCGAGGGAGAUAACUUAUCUACAACUACUUUGCAACACAGUAACGUUAUAUCUCAAGCUAUGGUGUAACCUGCAGGCAGUAGAGGAUUUUGUUAAAAACUAACACCGACACAUCUUUCAUCUAGCUAGCUAGCUAAACGUUAACUCGCGAGCGUUGGCUGACGUUAUGUGAAGAACUGCCGUAAUGGCGAUAACGUUACUCGUAAAAAGAGUGCACAUAGACUUCUAUCCUAAAACUAAAAGAAGGCAGCUAGCAAACUAGCCUGCAGUACGAGCUACCUAACGUUUAGUCAAGUGUUCCUUAGCAAAGCUACUCCGCUAGCAAAUGUGCUAGUGUAUUUUCUGUUUCGAAGAGGGCAGUUAACUGUUCGUUUCAGAUAUUUCUUCCAUAGUCAGUGUUUGUAUUUGAAUUGAAUAUAGUCGACUAGCUAGUUACCUUAGAUGCCUUUUGUCUAUAAGCAGUUACGAUAACGUUCGCUAGUAUUUGAAGCAGGAAUAAGUUAGCAUUGACUAACCGGCUAAUUAGCUAGCUGAGCUAACGCUGUACGGCUGUAGCUAACGUUACCCAUUACUAAGUAACGAUAGCCAGCAGCACCGCUGCUGCCACCACUGGAUUUAAGUGACAGCAAGGGGACGAACAGUGGUUAUUUUUCUUCGAGACAACAAUGGCAACCGCAACAGGCGAGGCCCUGUUUUUAUUAAAGGAUGUGAAGCCUGGGUCGAAAAAUUUGAAUAUCGUAUUCAUCGUGUUGGAAAUAGGACGAGUAACCAAAACGAAAGAUGGUCAUGAGGUUCGCUCGUGCAAGGUGGCAGACAAGAGCGGGAGCAUUGCCAUCUCUGUUUGGGACGAGCUCGGCAGCCUGAUUCAGCCAGGGGACAUCAUCAAGUUGACUAGAGGUUAUGCAUCCAUAUGGAAAGGCUGCCUGACCCUGUACACUGGAAGAGGAGGGGAUCUACAGAAGAUUGGAGAAUUCUGCAUGGUGUAUUCAGAAGUGCCCAACUUUAGUGAACCAAACCCAGAGCUGCAAACCCAAAACAACCAGCAAAACAAGUCUGGUAAACCAGACCAGAAUCAGAGGGGAAACUCUCCGCCCAAUCAGAAUUCAGGUACACCUGCCCCACCAGGUAAUGGUUCCAUGCCACCGUUUGCCAACAACAACCCACCACCUGGGACACCCCGUGACGCUGCGUUUGGGAGCGUUGGGCGACCCAACGGCCGGUCACCUGGCAAUGGAGCACCUCCAGUUACUGCUGCAGGACCCCCAACAGCCUCCAAGUCUUCAGUUACCAUUAGCAACGGCAGGGACCCAAGGCGUGCCAAAAGAUGAAAUUGGAGUUUGGGGGGGAUCAUGUGGGAAUACUAUAGACCUCCCCAUUUCCCCCUGCUCCCCUUUUUUUU